AUGCGUUCCUUCGUUACUGCUGCAAUUGCAGCCGCGAGCGUCGUUUCUGCCUACGACUACUCCAACCUGGCUGCUUCGAAGAAUAACUAUGGUGCGCCAAAUCCCGACACCGUCUACCCGGGCUUCGAAGAUGAGAACCCGAACGUGGUAGCAGGAAGCGUAGAGUUCCAGACAAGCCCACCGAAAUACCCUUCACCAUGGACCGAGGGUCGCGGGGACUGGUCUGGUGCCUACGAGAAGGCUCGCGACUUUGUCAGCCAGCUCACCCUGGUCGAGAAGGUCAAUUUGACAACUGGCACUGGUUGGCAGCUUGAGCGAUGUGUCGGCCAGACUGGUGGCAUCCCUCGCUUGGCCUUCCGUGGCAUGUGUCUUCAAGACAGCCCGACUGGUAUCCGAUUCGCCGAUUACGCAUCCGUCUUCCCUGCAGGAGUCAACGUUGCCGCAACCUGGGACAAGAAGGUCGCAUACGAUCGUGGCCGGGCACAAGGACAAGAGCACAAAAAUAAAGGCGUUGAUAUCCAGCUUGGUCCUGUCGCUGGACCGCUUGGCCGUGUGCCAGAGGGAGGCAGAAAUUGGGAAGGCUUCAGGGAAGACCGAAUUGAUGGACACCUCCGGCCCAGUACCAGCUACCCCGAGGUGCUGCGACUUCUUACCGGUGUGCUCUUCGCCGAGAGCAUCAAAGGAAUUCAGUCUGCUGGUGUUAUGGCUUGUGGAAAGCACUACAUCAUGAACGAGCAAGACCAUUUCCGUUUGAUUACCGACUCCAAGCAAUAUGGCUUCAACAUCUCAGAGCCAUUCUCAGCCAACCUCGACGACGAAACGCUUCACGAACUGUACCUGUGGCCUUUCGCCGAUGGUAUCCGCGCUGGUGUCGCUUCCAUUAUGUGCAGCUACAACCAAGUCAACAACUCCCAGGCAUGCCAGAACUCGUACCUUCUCAACCAUGUACUGAAAGGCGAGCUUGGAUUCCAGGGCUUCGUAAUGUCGGAUUGGCUCGGCACUCACUCUGGUGUUGCCAGCGUGCUUGCCGGUCUCGAUAUGACAAUGCCUGGAGAGACGACCUCGUACAACACGAUCGAGACCUGGUACGGCGGUAACUUGACAGCUGCUGUCCUAAACGGUACUGUCCCAGCAUGGCGUAUCGACGACAUGGCUGUUCGUAUCAUGGCUGGUUUCUACUCCGUCGAGGGCGACGCCGAGCGGGAUGAGAUUAACUUCUCGUCCUGGACUAAGGACACCUACGGCUACGAGAACCACUUGGUCGGGGAGGGCGGCAUCACGCAGGUCAACCACCACGUCGAUGUGCGCGCAGAGCACGGCGCCCUUAUCCGCAAGCAUGGCGCAGAGUCCACUGUUCUCCUUAAGAAUGUCAAGAACACACUUCCUCUCACCGGAAAGGAGCCAUUGACUGCAGUCUUCGGCUACGAUGCAGGUGGCAACUCACAGGGUCCCAACUCUUGCUCCGACCGCGCAUGCGACAAUGGCACCCUUGGUAUGGCCUGGGGUUCCGGCAGUGCUGAUUUCACCUACCUCGUUACGCCCGACACUGCCAUCCAGAACGAGGUCGUCCCCCGAGGCGGUGCAUACGAGUCCAUCCUCGACAACUACGCCAAGACAUCCAUCGACAACCUUGCCCGCCGCACCAACGUCUCCAUCUUCUUCGCCAACUCAAACUCUGGAGAGUGGUACGUCGAGGUUGACGGCAACCUCGGCGCCGAUGCUGCCCUCGAGAAGGUCGCUGCAAACUGCUCCAACACUAUCCUCGUCAUCCAUUCCACUGGUCCAGUCGAACUCGAGAAGUACAAGAACCACGAGAACAUCACCGCCAUCCUGUGGGCUGGUGUCCCUGGCCAAGAGAGUGGUAACAGCAUCGCUGACGUCCUCUACGGCCGCACCAACCCAGGUGCCAAGCUCCCCUUCACCGUUGGCAAGGACCGCAAGGACUACGGUGUCGACGUGCUUUACACACCAAACCACCCAGUCCCCCAAAUCCAACACAGCGAGGGCAAAUUCAUCGACUACCGCACAUUCGAUCAGUUCAACAUUACCCCAACCUACGAAUUCGGCUUCGGUCUCAGCUACACGACCUUCAAGUACAGAGACCUGAAGAUCACCAAGAGGAACACUUCCGCGUACGUUCCAUUCCAGGGCUACAGUAAAGAAGCACCAACCUUCGGCACCAUCAGCAACAACAGCGCCGACUACGUCUUCCCCGGCAACUUCUCCCGUGUCUCCCUCUUCCACUACCCCUGGCUGAACACCACCAACCUCACCGCCGCCUCUUCGGACCCACACUACGGCCUCCCUGGCUUCAUCCCAGAGAAUGCACUGAACAGCUCGGCUCAGCCGAUCCCCAAGGCGGGCGGUGCGCCAGGUGGUAACCCAAGCCUUUACGACGUUGUCUUCCAGGUCGAGGCGACUGUCGCGAACACUGGUAAGGUUGCUGGAUAUGAGGUUCCACAGCUUUACAUCAGCCGUGGUGGUCCAUACGAUCCAGUCCGUGAGCUGAGAGGGUUCGAGAAGUUGUGGAUUGAGCCGAAUGCCACUGCUACGUUCAAAGUCGAAGUGACGAGGAGGAAUAUUAGUUCGUGGAGUGUGGAGGAGCAGGAUUGGUAUGUGAGGAACACUACUCAGAAGGUUUGGGUGGGUGCUUCGAGCAGGGAUUUGCCGUUGCAAGGUGUGCUGGAGAACUGA